AUGACAUCGUCAAAGUCCAGCCGGAGACGCAGACGCCGCCGGGACUAUUCGGGCUCGGAUUCUGCAUCCGACUCAACUUUGGAGUCGGAUAGAAACCAACGCAGGAGCCGGAGUCGAAAUCGCAGCAGUAGCCGACGAUUAGACUCCGAUGAUUCUGAAAGUGACACCCAUGAACGAUCGAGGAAGAAUAGCAAGAGGAAGAUUACAGAGGAAGAAAUUUCUGAAUACCUAGCUAAAAAGGCUCAGAAAAAGGCUAUGAAAGUCGCAAAGAAGUUGAAAUCGCAAACAGUGUCUGGAUAUUCCAACGAUUCAAAUCCCUUUGGCGAUUCUAACCUUAAUGAGAGAUUUGUCUGGCGGAAGAAGAUAGAGCGUGAUGUAACUCAGGGCUUGCCUCUGGACGAUUUUUCUAUGAAAGCUGAGAAGAAGAGGCAGAGGGAAAGAAUGGCCGAGAUUGAGAAAGUGAAAAAGAGAAGGGAGGAAAGAGCUCUUGAGAAAGCACGACACGAGGAAGAGAUGGCAUUGUUAGCAAGAGAGCGUGCUCGGGCUGAGUUCCAAGACUGGGAGAAGAAGGAAGAAGAGUUCCAUUUUGAUCAAAGCAAAGUUAGGUCAGAGAUCCGGUUACGUGAAGGUCGUACUAAGCCGAUUGAUGUACUCAUUAAACAUGUUGAUCCUUCACAUGAAUUUGAUAUAGAAAUAAAUGAACCAUACAUGGUCUUCCAGGGUUUGAAUGUAAAUGAAAUGGAGGAGCUUCAUGAGGACAUAAAGAUGCACCUUGAUUUGGACAGUGAAACUCAGACGCGGGUACAGUACUGGGAGGCGCUGCUGGUAGUUUCUGAUUGGGAGCUAGCUGAAGCUAGAAAAAAAGAUGCAUUAGAACGUGCAAGAGUGCGUGGAGAGCAACUACCUCAGGAGUUGAUUGCUGAAGAAAGGGGUUUGCACGCGAGUGUGGAAGCUGACGUGAAGAAGCUUUUACAUGGAAAAACCUAUGAUGAACUACAAGCACUGCAAUUCCAGAUUGAGUCGCAAAUGAGAUCAGGGACUGCUAAGGUUGUCGAGUAUUGGGAAGCCAUUCUUAAACGUCUCCAUAUAUACAAAGCAAAGGCUUGUCUGAAGGAAAUCCAUGCCAAAACGCUGCGGAAGCAUUUGGAGUUCCUACAGAAGCCGUCAGAGGAAGGCAAAGAUACGAAGAUGGAACAGAAUACCAGUCUUGAAGAGGAGGAUUCUUAUCAGGAUGCAAUGGGUGAUGAUGCUCUUUCUCCUGAACCCAUAAUGGAUGAAGAGUCCCAGGAGGAAGAAGCAGUGGCAGGAUCUUACUCACCACAACUGUUACACGGUGAAGAAGAUGAAGAUGCACUUGACCCUGAAGAGGACAGGGUUAUGCUGGAGAGGAAACGUAUGGCUGUAUUGGAGGAACGCCGAGUUCAAGAACUGGCUUCAAGGCCAACUCCCGAAGAUAACUUUGAGAAGACGGCUAUUAAAGCCAUGGGAACCAUGGAGGAAGGUGAUGCCGUAUUUGGUUCAACUGAUGAAGUUAACCUUGAUUCCCAGGUGUACUGGUGGCAUGAUAAAUAUCGACCAAGAAAGCCCAAAUAUUUUAAUCGUGUUCACACUGGUUAUGAGUGGAACAAAUACAAUCAAACUCAUUACGAUCAUGACAACCCGCCCCCCAAGAUUGUGCAGGGAUACAAAUUUAAUAUUUUUUACCCAGAUCUUGUUGAUAAAUCCAAAGCUCCUAAUUACACCAUAGAGAAGGAUGGAGAUAGUGCUGAGACUUGCAUUAUAAGGUUUCAUGCAGGCCCCCCUUAUGAAGACAUAGCAUUUCGAAUUGUCAACAAAGAAUGGGAGUACUCGCACAAGAAGGGCUUCAAGAGUACAUUUGAACGCGGGAUCUUGCAUCUGUAUUUCAACUUUAAACGUUAUCGAUACCGUCGGUGA